GCUGGCUAAUCUCCGUUGAGGCGCCGCGUGCUGUGGCAGUAACAGAAAAAAACUGUAACGAUGACUGGACGGCAACACUUGAAACUUUUCCUAUAGAAGCGCUGUGGUCAGCACCAAAGAGGCCGAACAAGUUUAAUAUUUAGCUGUACAGAAGACACUAACUCUUCCAAACCACUCCAAUGUCUUCUGGCUGUCCGCCCCAGUCACCUGCUGUAGCAAAGUCUGAAGUAGCAGUAGAAGGAGAAUGCCCGUUGUUGGCUGCCACCUUCGCCUACUGGGACAACAUCCUGGGACCACGGGUGCGCCACAUCUGGGCACCAAAGGGUGACCAACUGAUGUUCCUCAGCGAUGGAGAGGUCACCUUUUUGGCCAAUCAUACACUUAAUGGGGAGAUUCUGCGUAGUGCUGAGUGUGGCGCCGUGGAUGUGAAGUUCUUUGUCCUGGCAGAAAAGGGCGUCAUCAUUGUGUCUCUAAUCUUUGAUGGCGAGCUGAAGGGGGACAAGAACACAUGUGCCUUGUCCAUUAUCCUGCCUCAGACAGAACUGGCCUUCUACCUGCCUCUGCACACCAUCUGUGUGGAGAGGCUAAAACACGUCAUCCGCAAGGGGCGCAUUUGGAUGCAGAAGGGCUACAACAUCAUCUCAGUGUUGAGCUUGGAGAUUGUCCCUAUCAUGGAGCUGUUGGCCUCUAUGAAGACACACAGUGUGCCAGAAGAUAUAGAUAUAAAAGACACGGUACUAAAUGAUGAUGACAUCGGGGACAGCUGCCACGAGGAUUUCCUCCACAAGGCCAUCAGCUCUCAUCUGCAGACUUGCGGCUGUUCAGUAGUAGUUGGAAGCAACCCAGAGAAAGUAAAUAAGAUUGUGAGGACUCUCUGCCUCUUCCUCACCGCGGUGGAGAGGAAGUGCUCUCGCCUCUGCAAGGCUGACUCUUCCUUCAAAUAUGACACAGGCCUAUUCGUUCAGGGUCUGCUCAAGGACUCCACGGGCAGCUUCGUCCUGCCCUUCCGCCAGGUGCUCUACUCACCGUACCCAACCACUCACAUUGACGUCGAUAUCAACACAGUGAAGCAGAUGCCGCCGUGCCACGAGCACACGUACAACCAGCGGCGCUAUAUGCGGUCCGAGCUAAGCACGCUGUGGAAGACAGACAGCGAGGACGACAUACCCCCAGACACAGUCAUUCACACUGACGAAACCUUCACUCCUGACCUGAAUAUAUUUCAGGAUGUCAUGCAUAAAGACACUUUGGUGAAGUCGUUUAUAGAUGAGGUGUUCAUGCUGAAGCCGGGCCUGUCCCUGCGGAGCACCUAUCUGGCCCAGUUCCUGCUGCUGCUCCACAGGAAGGCCCUCACGCUGCUCAAGUACAUCGAGGACGAAACGCAGAAAGGGAAGAAGCCAUUUCGUUCCUUGCGCAGUUUAAAGACGGAUCUGGAUCUGAUGGUGGAAGGAGACCUGAACAUUGUAAUGGCCUUUGCUGAGAAGCUGAGGGCAGGACUGCACUCGUUUGUGUUUGGAAAGCCAUUCUACACCAGCAUGCAGGAGCGAGACGUCCUCAUGAGCUUUUGAUUCUUAUUCUUCACCUGCACUUUAUUUAUUAGACGAUUAAUGAAAACAGAUGUUUGUGUGUGAUUGUGUAUUUGUUUUUAUUGUUACAUGAAGGCAUGCAAAUGUGUUUUCAUGAGAUAACCAUUAGUCUGAAUAUUUCUUUCCGCUCUGCCGAAAUGAAAAUAACAUUUUGUCUUCCUUUUGUAUCUUGCUCAAUACAGGGCAUGACUUCAAAGAUUGAUUGUUACUGCUAUUAUGAGCCAUUAGAAUUAAAGUUUUGAUAUAUUGCCUUGAUCAACUGUAAGCAUAAUGGGAAUUUAAUGUUUUUAGAAGACUUAAAUUAUACUCUGCGGGAUGAAUUAUUCAUGUAUUCUAUGCCUUCUGUUAACAGAGGUUCUGUAUUAAUUUAUGGUGUUAAAAUUGGCCGAGGUGCUCACCAGGACAUUUGCAAUUUAAUUUAAAUUAUAUUUAUGAAAAUAUUAGUUAUCAGUUUCUUCACUGCCUUUGUUAUACAACAAACUCAGUUGGCCUUUGAACCUUUUGAACUUUUGGAUUGCCCUUUAAAAAAAAUUCAAUCAAUGACCAUUUGUGCUCAUUGGGAAUGGUGCAGAUUUGGGUGCCAUUACAAAAAGGUUGUGAGUAAUCAUAAAGCAUGAGGAUUUCAUUGAAGAAAUUAAAAGGGCACUCUAAUCAACCAAAAUCAAACAACAUACACCAGACUUCAGAGAAAAAAAAAAUUUAAAAUUCAUAGUAAAUGAUCUGGAUCUGCCGCAAAGUGUAAUGGGUUCUUCUCUGGCCCAUGCCCCGUCCCUCCACCAAGGUGGGUGUAAAUUGGUUCAAUACUUUUUGCGUAAUCCUGCUGACAACCAGACACAGGUAAAAACAUAACCUCCUUGGUGGAGGUAAAAAUACAAAAGCACCGUAAAUUAAAUCUUAUCACAGUCCCUCCUGGUAAAGCAGAUAUCUUUUUGUAGCUGACUGAGAAUGUAAAUAUCUUUACCCAGUUGUGCAUUAAAUGGAUUUGCACUGA